AUGAGAACAGUCACUGGAAAACUGGCCAACAUGAACAUCCAACGAGAUUUGAACUACCAUAUCGGUUUGAAUCGUUACAUACUGAAGUACACGGGCAUCUGGCCGGAGGAGAGGAAAUGGAACCGAUCUUCGAGUUACCACGUUCUGGUACCGUCCCUCACGAUGCUGUGCUUCGUCUGUGCUCCACAAACCAUCAAUCUACCGCUCAUCGCACACGACAUGAAUCUGCUGGUCGAGAAUUUAUCAAUGGGCAACAUGACCAUCACGAUUGCGCUUGUGAAGACCAUAGCUUUCUGGAUGAACGGCAAAUCGUUGAAGUUUCUGCUCAAGUGCAUAGCCGAGGACUGGGCCACAGCGGAGACGAAAGAACGAGAAACGAUGAUGAACAUCGCCAGGCUCACUAGAAUCACCACGAUAGGUUGCAUAUGGCUGUGCGAGCUCGUUGCCAUCACCUACGUGUCCCUACGCUUCAUUUCCAUGAAAUACACCGACAACAUCAUGGUCUACCGUGGCUACUUUCCCUACAACAUAACCUACAGCCCCAACUACGAACUGACGAUGAUUGGUCAAACUUUAGGCGCCAUAUACGGAGGCACCACGUACGCGGCUGUGGACACUUUUAUCGCAAUGCUGGUUCUCCACGCUUGUGGACAGCUGUCGAAUCUAAAGGACAGCUUGAGAAACAUUCACUCGUACGACAAGAAAGACUUGCAAGCAAGAUUGAAGAAAAUCGUCGAGAGGCACAAUUACAUCGCUUGUUUCGUGGAAACGAUAGAGAAUUGCUUCAACGUGAUGCUUCUGACACAAAUGAUCAGUUGCACCAUUCAACUAUGUUUCCAGACUUUCCAAGCUAUCAUGUCAUUCGAAGAGGAAGCAGUGGAGUACAUGAUUUUCGAACUUACAUUCCUGACUAUCUAUGUGGUUUGCGUGAUGAUGCAAUUGUACCUAUAUUGUUACGUGGGCGAAAGACUUAUGUGCGAGAGUACGGACAUAGCUGACACGGCAUACCAUUGCGAAUGGUACAAUUUGCCUCCUGAGAAGGCGAGAUUAUUUGUAAUUAUUAUGUCCCGAGCGAGAACAUCACCGCUGAGGAUCACAGCUGGCAAAUUUUGUUGGUUUACUAUAAUAUUAUACUCUCAGGUCCUGAAAACCACGGUGUCGUAUAUUUCCGUUCUAUACGCAGUCAAAAGUUAA